CAGUCUGCCCAUCACGUAUCUCUUCCUCCACAGAUGUUGGAGAUAGACUGUGCACAAUCCAGAUUGUGAUAAUGUCUCCCUGUUCAUUUAAAACCCUCAGCACCUGGAUAGCAGAGCAGAUGAUUUUUACUUAAGAUGUAUUGUCAGUAUAUGUAUUUCCUGUUUUUAUAUUGCACACACUGUAAAGCCCGAGGCAAACUUCCCACUUGGACAAUUUAGUCUAUCCUAUAACAACAACAUUCCUAGCUUCCACUACAGCUUAGUUUGUUGGAGAGAAUGGUAACCGAAAGUUAACUCAGGCAGACAGAGGGGGAAAACGAAACUUAUGAAAAGAAGGGAGGGUGCAGAUCAGCUGAUGCUGAGCUUGUAUAUAAACAGUGAUCUGUGUUCCCACUUUGUCAGAGGUUCAAUCUUUUGCUGUUGUGCAUCAUAUUUGAACAUUUUCUCAACUGAAAUCUUCAAAGUUUUCCACAGGAAUUUACUCUCAAGUGUCAGAAGAGCUCUUCGAUCAUGGAGAUAAUCAUCACUAUGUUGAACGGGACGUCCCGCUCACUGAUGGUGGAGCCUCAGCAGACUGUGGGAUUUCUGAAGCAGCUCAUCCAAGAGAAGCUGCAGAUUCCCAUUGUGAGGCAGAGGCUGGUGUUUGUGAACGGUCAGAGGACAGAUCUGAGCGACGACACCAAGACCAUCUGCUCCUACGGCCUGCAGUCUGGCUCCAGGUUGUCCCUGCUGGUGACCGAGCCGGUCUCCAUCCAGGUGUUCCUGAGGAACGAAAAGAACCAGCUGAGCACCUAUGACAUCACACCUGACGAGACAGUGAGCGACUUCAAGCGCAGGGUGCAGUGCAGAGAGGGGGUGGCAGAGAGUCAACAGAGGCUCGUCUUCCAAAGCAGAGAGAUGACUGAAGGAAAACUGUCCGAUUACAACGUUAAAUCUUUGAGCACCAUUGACCUGAAUCUACGUCUGAGAGGAGGCAGAGGAGACACUGUGGACACAGCAGGGAUUUAGUCAUUCCCAGAGACUGGGUCAACACCCACAAUACAUUUACAUCAUUCAUUCCAGCCUUUAAGUUAAAGUUCCAGUGUAUUAAGUUUAUUUAAAAUGAUUUCCAUUAGGCAGAAAUGGAACAUAGAAUAAUUAUCAAUUUUUUGCCUUUUACACACUGUACCUUUUAAGAUGUAUGUGUUUUAAAUAGCAUGCUUAAAAUAAAAGUUGAGAUUUGUCCAUCAUAUAUCUUGGAAAUGUCUAAUUUGCCGUGUACAAAAUCAUUUGGAAAACAUUGAUAAUAAUCAUCAAAUAACCUUAAAUGACCUAAAUGGGUCAUCCUCCAAAUGAAUUGCAUUUUUGAGGGCCUGAACAUACUCCAAAACUCACAGACCUGCAACCGCGUCAAUCCUGGUGAAAAUGUACGCGUGGAAAAGGGUCAAAAAUUGGAAGUGGGUCCUACAGGAAGACCAAUCUUGAAACUUGGUGAGGUCACUGUGAACCAGUUGAGGAUCUAAAGUUAUUGAAGGGUUUUUUUUUUUAAAUGUCGCAUGGCGUACGAGAUAGGGGACGCCAAAGUUGUAAUGUAUUAUUGUUAUUUGUUUUUGGCUAUAACCUGCAACUUUGUCAUGUACACAGCAUGACCAUAUUUUAUUUUAAUAAAACCAUGCAAACUAUUUUAGUAGGAAAAGUUUGAUUUAUUUACCUUCAGUGUCUCAUUCGUGCAUUAAAAAAAUGAAUUUUGAAAUGUACAUUAAACUGAGUUAAUAAUACA